AUGGCGCACAUCGAAUCAAAUGGAUUUCGGCCCAGACCAGGACCAAGGCCGAGACCUGAAAACGGCACAAGGCCGAGACCAGAAAACGGCACCAGGCCUGGACCAAGACCGAGACCAGAAAACGGCACGAGUCCUGGACCACGAUCGGGACCAGAAAACGGCACCAGUCCUGGACCACGACCGGGACCAGAAAACGGCACCAGUCCUGGACCACGACCGAGACCAGAAAACGGCACCAGUCCUGGACCACGACCGAGACCGGGUGACGGCGGAGGAAACCACUCUCAACCUAUCAACGGCACCAGACCGGGCAACGGCACUGGCAACUAUUCAAGUGACGGUCAUAUCGUAAAGCGCCAGAUAUUUUUCUCUACCACGCCACCCCCAUCAGGAAAUGGAUCUGGAAAUCACUCAAACCCUCCUCCUCCUCCCCCAACACCAAGCAACAGUUCUGCUCCACCACCACCACCACCAACACCACACAACAGCACAGCUCCCCCUCCACCAAGCAACAGUUCUGCUCCACCACCACCACCACCACCAAACAACAGCACUGCUCCCCCUCCACCAACCAACAGUUCUCUCGCUCCCCCGCCCUCGCACAAGAGCCUUCCCCCACCCCCACCAAACAACAGUUCUUUCGCUCCUCCACCCCCGUCCAAUAGCUCUGCCCCUCCCCCUACCAACAGCCCAUCGCAUCCCCCACCUCCCAGCAGCCCUCCUUCAGGCCCAUCGUGCAGGGGAAGAUGUGGUAACUAUAAUGGUUCUAGAAAUUGUCAAUGCGACGAUGCAUGCAGGAUGUACAGAGACUGUUGCCGUGAUCUAGAGUCUGUGUGCCAGAACCGAAACUAG